AUGAAAGAGGGAAGGAGUGGGCUCCGGAUUUAUGGAUGGAGAAAGUUAAGAGGAGAGGCGGGAAGUUGGGUUUCCCAGGACCUAGAGAUAGAGUGUAUGGACCCGAGCAAAAGCCAAGGGUGGGUUAAGCGGUGCUGUCCACUUCCGGUUUAAAUCUAGAGCCACAGAGCUUGACAGGCUACCUAGCCCGGCUCCACCAUCCUAAGGUGUGGAAGGCCAGGAGACCCAGGGUGGCUUGAACACACCCUUAAUGCCAGAAUGUGUCUUCAUUACCCGUUUUUUUCCUGAGAGCCCAUCUGUUUACCCGCUUCAUCUUCCGAGUUUGUGUUGGGGGCGAGAUGGCAGCAAGAGAUGCCCAUUAAGGCCUUUGGAGGAGCAACCUGGAACUUCUGAGGGAAAAAAGCUGGAGAACGUUAUCUAAACCCACCUAGGACGAACAGAUUUUGUAUUUGCCUACCGUUUAACGAUUCGGUCCUGCCUUACAUAUACCGGGCCAUUGGCUCAAAGCAUCUUCCUGCCAGUAAUAUAAGCUUUGUGCAUUUCGAUUCACAUCCAGACCUCCUUAUUCCUGUGAAUAUGCCAGCUGACACUGUGUUUGACAAGGAAACACUUUUUGGGAAAAAUGGUGUUUUCAAUUCAGUCACAAGUACUUUUCCUUGAAACAACCAUGGUACCUCAAAAGAAUUAAGUAUUGAGAAUUGGAUUAUGCCUGCGGUUUAUGCUGGCCAUUUUUCUCAUGUUCUAUGGCUUCAUCCCAUGUGGGCUCAGCAAAUCAGAGAGGGAAAACAUCACUUUUUAGUAGGCAGAGACACUUCUACCACAACCAUCAGGGUUACAAGUACAGAUCAUUACUUUCUAAGUGACGGUCUUUAUGUAACUGAAGACCAGCUAGAGAACCAAAAACCUUUGCAAUUGGAUGUGAUUAUGGUGAAACCUUACAAACUCUGUAACAAUCAAGAAGAAAAUGAUGCAGUGUCUUCUGCUAAGAAGCCAAAGCUAGCACUGGAAGGUGCAGAAAACACUGCCUCUACUAACUGUGACUCUUAUUCAGAAGGACUGGAAAAGGACACAGUGACACAGAAGAAGGGCCAAACUUGCCUAGAGCAGUCACGUCCAUGCUUUUCUGAAAGCCAAGAAUGCCAGACAACAGUCAGCACUGGGGAAAUUCUAGAAAUUUUGAAGAAAGGGGAUGCAUUUGUUUUGGAUAUUGACUUGGAUUUUUUUUCAGUCAAGAAUCCCUUCAAAGAAAUGUUCACUCAGGAAGAAUACAAAAUCUUACAAGAGUUGUACCAAUUUAAAAAGCCUGAUACCAACCUGACAGAGGAAGAUUUGGUAGAUUGUGUUGAUACUCGAAUUCAUCAGUUAGAAGAUUUAGAAGCUGCUUUUGCUGAUUUGUGUGAUGGUGAUGAUGAAGAAACUGUACAGAAAUGGGCUUCAAACCCUGGAAUGGAAUCACUAAUUCCACUUGUACAGAGUUUGAAAAAACGGAUGGAAGUACCAGACUAUGAAAUGGUUCACCAGGCUGGUCUAACCUGUGAUUAUUCAGAACUUCCUCACCAUAUCAGCACAGAACAAGAAAUUGAGUAUCUUAUUCAGUCUGUAUAUUAUUUACUGAAAAAUUUACCAAAACCUACUCUCGUGACAAUUGCAAGGUCAAGUCUGGACGAUUACUGUCCUUCUGAGCAAGUCGACACCAUUCAAGAAAAAGUCCUUAAUGUGCUGAGCUCCCUGUAUGGGGCUGUAGACAUUCACCUGGUGUAUUUAGCAGAGUGUUCUCCAUCUUGAAACAACAAAACACUAGGUUCCUAUAACAUCUUGAUGUAAUAACAGGGUUUUCAUUAACUUAUUAUAAAUGAGUCUUCCAGAGAAGACUUUUGUUUUUAUAUUAACUUUGUUAAAAUCUUUCAGAUAGUUUGAAUCUCAAACAGAUCUUAUCAGUUGUUGAAUGAUGACAGUUUUUUUUUUUUUUACAUCAGUUCUACCCUCUCCCCCUCCAAUUAAUUGUUGCUUAUUUUUCUUCCUUUCCAUCAUAGUCUUCCUCAUUUUGUGCGGGUUGUUUUUUCCCCCUAGGUCAGUUGGACUGUACAAAAUUCAUUCAUUUAUUCACUCAACCAACUGACAUUUAUUGAGCAUUUACAUGUGCUAAACAUAAUUAAGUGCUGGGUAUAUGGUGAUGAACAGGAUAGACAAGGCCCCCUGCCCUCUUAGGGAAUGGCUAAGAAACAAAUUAUGGAUUACGAGAAGUAUUAUGAAGGAGCAACCACAAACAUGUCUUAGGCAUCCUCUUAGUACUCAAGGCAUCCUGGCAGGAUAAGAAAGUAACAUUCUCAAAAGCUACCAAAAAAAUAAAUAAAUAAACUUGAUAGUCCAUGAAAAUGUUGCAGGAAUCCUACCUUUCCAAGACUGUCAGGGUUGUGGUGCAGCUGUUGUGGCAAACUCACAUUAUUGUUGGUAUGGAGAAGGUCUAUUUGAGCAGUCAACAAAACAAAAAUUUUCUUUGCUAAUCAGAAAAGCCCUUCAGGGUUUUUGGUGCCUCCAGAUGAUCAGUAUUGGCAUCGAUUAUCGUUAUAGUUCCUAAGUGCCACUUUAUUGGCAGUCUGGGUUGAUAAUUUCUUCAAAUAAACUAGCUUUUAAUGUGAAUAGUAGAAAAAAAGGUAAAUCCUUAAUUCUGACCUACGGUAAAUACCCAAAGACAUAACUGCCUUCCACCAGCCUCCCCGUGAGGAAGAGACCCUAUCUGAGUCCCUCUAAAUCAUAGAACUUUCCAUUUGCUUAAUUUACCAGUCUUCCCGUCUUCAGCAUUCCCCAUGUUCAGCAAUUAUUUUUCACUACGUAAUUUCUUUUUCUUUAAAAGGUAGGAUGGCAUUUAAAGGGGGAAAAAAAACAUCUAUACAUUCCUCAGUCCUAACAUAGCAUUUGUUUUCAUUUUACAUGUUACUGUAAGGCCUUGACCACAUGUGUACCUGUGCAGCUGCAUGUAACUGCAAUUGUAUGUUACUUAACUUGAUGGCUAAUACCCAAGAUCACAUUACCAUUGCCACUCAAUAGAUGGCACCAGAUCCCAUUUUUCCAAUGAUGCUAUUUUCCUGCGAAUUUUUCUCGUCACCAAUUUCCCAAGGCUGAUAGCGUGAAUGCCUAUUUCUGUUGUGAAAA